UUGUUGCUCUUGUUUCUGUUGUUGUGAGUAAAUAGUAAAGAGUCGUUUUAAGGUUUAUUUCAAAAAAAUGAAUUUGAACGCUUUUGUAAAGGGAACUUGCGACGAUUUCUGUCCACCAAAGGAGAUAAAAAUGCGCGCAACCGAAAAGUUACUUCAUUUCUUCGAGAUGUAUCCACCUUUGGAAUAUUCUCACAUUGUGCAAAAAGUACCGGUCAAGUGUUUCAGCAGAUCAGCUGCAGGAAUUCAAACUCCAGAAGCAGCCGAUCUUCGUACGGUUGGUUCGUUAUCACGUACCGUGGCAUAUCUGCUCGAAUAUAUCUUAAUGGACAAUAGAAAACCGUAUCACUACAGAUACGAUUUUAUUUUCGAUCGGCUCAGAUCAGUACGCCAAGAAAUUGUGAUACAAAAUCUGAAUGAAGUGCAAACGGCUCAAUUGAUUGAACCGAUGGUUAUGUUUUUGAGUUAUAGUAGCUAUAAAUUAUGCCAAUCAUCAAUCGAUGUCUUCGAUCCGAAGAUAUGUUAUCAGCACCUACAGGAAUGCCUUAAGAAACUGUUAUGUUGUUACGAUGAGAUCGAGCAACAACACGGAACCCAUUUACAAAAUAGAGAAUUUUUCGAAUGUCUGUACGUUGUGUUCAAUUUGGGGAACGUUGAAGCGUUAAACAGGGCACUUCAAUUGAGUGCAUCGGUACAAGGCGAAUUAUUCCAUAAAUGUUUGUCAAUGUCGUUACACUACGCCAGUGGCAAUCUCCACAAUUCCAUCAGAGCAGUUAAACAGUUACCUCCAAUUCUAUGUGGCGUUGCAAUGCUAACGCUUCAGAAAAUUAGACGAGAACUUCUAUUGCGAUUCUCUUCUGCGUACCACAGUAAAAUGUUGACGGUGCCGGGCGCUUGGUUAGCCAAUAUAUUAAUUUAUGAUAACGUGCAAACUUUGCUCUCCGACUGCCAAUAUUAUAACAUUGAAGUCAAUUUGAACGCGAGACAGAUCAAAUUCAAUAAAUUGACUUUCGACCAAACGAAGGAUGUGAUACCACCGCGUCAUGAAACGUUUGCAGAUGCUAUGCUACCACCAAUUCGAAUUUCAGAUGUCCUUCUGCUUCAUUGAUACAACGAAAUUAUGCAAGAUCUGGUUAUCACCGUGUUCUACUUAUUUAGAAUUAGAUUUUUGAACUUUUGUUUGAACUACGAUAAAUAUGAAUAAAAUGCAUUUUACAACCAUC